ACGUUAGGUUUGGUAGGUCUAUUGGCUUAUACCCCCAUAACUCUACUAAAAGUUUGAAACACUCCACAUAGUUUCAAAUUCGUACGAUUCGUUCAUCAACCAGCGUUAAAUCUCGAUAUUGCACCUACCAGAAGUUAGAUCGAUUUGAACCACUGGAAUUUUUAUGAUUGAUGAUGAUCUGGUAGAUAAGACGUCGAUACAGGCGGUGGUUGGAGGCGGCGGGAUAAAAUGAACGUGAGCCACCCGUCAGUGCAUCCGGUUGAAGUGGCACCAUUACCACCGACUGACGGAGGCGCCCUCGUACCACCGAGAGUGAGGAUGAAGAUUGUCCAAGGCAUGCCUGGGACGAUCGGUGGUCUCAGCUUACGUUUUUGUCAAUUUGCGUACGCAGUCGUCUCACUCGUUGUCAUGGCCACAACAAGCGAUUUCCCGUCCGUAACUGCAUUCUGCUACCUUGUUGCUGCUGUUUCCCUGCAGAGUUUGUGGAGCCUAUCACUUGCCAUUCUCGACAUCCAUGCCCUUCUGGUGGGACGUUCCUUGCAGAAUUAUAGAGUUGUCAGUCUCUUUUCCAUUGGUGACGGGGUCACAUCUACUCUGACAUUUGCCGCCGCGUGUGCAUCUGCUGGUAUUACGGUUCUUAUAGGUAACGAUCUUGGUCUAUGUGCUCAAAAUCACUGCAAACAGUUUGAGACUGCUACUGCUAUGGCUUUCCUUAGCUGGUUUACGGCACUACCCUCGUUCCUUCUCAACUUCUGGUCAUUGUCGUCCCGUUAAAGCGAGAGUUAUGCCAAACAGAUGGUGAAAUAAACCAUCGGUUUAGUGCCCUUCUUGUGUAGCGUGUCUUUCUUUAGGGUAUUUCCUAGAGGUCGUGCUCUUGUGGCUUAUGUUGGUUCUAGGAGAACAUAAAACCGCAUGUGUGUCGUGGAGUGGUUGAUGUAUAUAUGCGUGUUUAGUUUUGUGGAUUCGUUGUUGGUCAGUCGGUCUCCUAAUGCAGCUGUAGAAAGUUUGUGUUGCAAGUUGGUGAUGGUUGUUUUGGGUGUGUUUUAAAGGUUCAAAUGCAACUAUGGGAUGUAUGUGUUGCGAUUCCUGUCUUUUUUAAUAUUUGUUACCGAACGAA